AUGCUGUUCAAGUCACUCUUCACUGCCGCUCUUGGCGCUACAGCUGUCAUCGCUGCACCACUUGGUCUCGAGAAGCGUCAAUCCGGCGGGAAUCUCACCGAUGCUGACAUCUUCGCAGCCGACUUUGCGUCUGCUGGCUUCCCUGAAUGGGUUCGCUACCGAGUUUCCGAAAUUGCAAACCACGAGCGCAGCCAUGUCGAGUUCUUGACGACUGCUCUCCGUGCCGCUGGUGCCACACCAGUGUCAAAGUGCAACUACACUUUCCCCGUCACCAGCGUCGAUACUUUCCUCGCUGUCGCCGUUAUCCUCGAGGGCGUUGGUAUCUCUGCCUACCUCGGAGCUGCCGCAUCCAUCGCCAGCAAGGCAUACUUGACUUACGCAGGCAGCAUUUUGUCGAUCGAGACCCGUCACAACACAUGGCUGCGAUCGUCCGCAAUGAAUGAAAGCCCCUUCCCAAGCGCUUACGAGGCUUACAACAGCCCCGACGCAGUCUUUUCGCUCGCCGCGCCCUUCAUUGACCCCAAGUGCAGCCAGAUCGCCGCUCUGCCGCUCAUGGCUUUCCCGGCUCUCGCUGCCUCCAAGACCGCUGCCAAUGCAGGCGACAAGGUUACCUUCAAGACCAAUGCUACAGGUGGUACCACGCUUGCCAUCGUUCGCCCCCUUGGCAACCAAUACUUCAACUACACCCAGGGUGAAUCAUUCACGAUCCCCAAGGGCGUUCAGGGCCAGACAUACUUCAUCCUUUCGUCUUCCGAGUCGAUCGCAGAUGAUGCUGUCGUUGCCGGACCUGCCGUCAUCGAGAUCGCUGACAAGGCCACCCUUUACAACUACAACAACGUCACUGUCGGCUUUGACGGUCCUCAGUACAACAUUGACUAA